ACAGCGAUCGAUUGCGAGCGUUGGUUCUGAAGUCGCAAGGAAACAGAGAGCGAGAGAAGCAAGAGAUCGAGUGCUCGAUCACAAUGGCCGCCACGACGAUCUCGUAUGCCUCGGUACUGCCGUCGACUGCCGGGGCUCUGUGUGCCAGGAAAUCGCAAGUCGCCGGCGUGUCGCUGCCGGCGUUGAGCCGCAGGCCGAGCGCGACGCGCGGCCUGCGGGGGGUCGCGGUCGCCAGUGGCGCCAAGAAGAUCAGCACGAAAGAGCCUUACGGACCAUCUGGGGGCACCAAGUUCCGAGGCGGAGUGGACGCAUCGGGCCGAAAGGCAAAGGGAAAGGGAGUAUAUCAAUUCGGGAAGAAGUACGGUGCCAACGUGGACGGCUACAGUCCCAUCUAUGCACCGGAGGAGUGGUCGCCAUCGGGUGAUACAUACGCCGGAGGACAAACGGGGCUCCUCAUCUGGGCAGUGACUUUGGGCGCGCUGUUGCUCGGCGGAGCUAUUCUCGUGUACAGCACCAGCGCGCUGGUUUAGACCCUUGCCUUCGCCUUCGCCUUCACCCUUGUAAGAUACCCCGCGGUCAGUACGCUCCGAGUACCGCGCUUAUCGAGAAGAGGCCGAUAAGCGAGUGCAAGGGCGUUGUAAUCAUGUGCUGUAAUUAAUACAAACAGUUCAAGUCAGACACACAGACACUUUACUCGUCGUGAGAUGACAACCUCAGAACUCAUGUCGAGCGCAUGGGCCGUCCUCUCAUGAAUGGUGUAUUGCUUGCUUGAUGAGCGUGAUAUCUAUUUCCGAUAUGACUCGCUCCUAAACUGAUUCCGUUAUGGUUAUGGUUAUUGGCGCGUCUUCCAGUUAUGUUCUACCCUGCUCGCUCGUCCAGUCCAAGUGGCAUCAACAUGCGGAUCCACUUGUCGUGCCUCUGAGUAGAACAACCAUUGGACUUUCGUUAUGACACAGGGUUGAAAAAUGAGCGCAAUGUGAACGGAAAUAAAUCCCGACACGGAGCGAGCGAUCAGAAAGAAAUGAAGGUUCAUACUGAGGCGAUCGAAAACCCAAUCCACAUACAUGCUCCUGGCAACGGCCGAGCCAUG